AUGCCUAAACGAGAAUCAUCACCCACCAACACAAAGCCUCCUGCUGAGAAGGAACAAGAAGAACAAUACGAUGAUAUCGACGACGAUUCUGAACAACAAGCAACAGAGGAACAACAACAAGAUACUUUAUCUCCUAAACAAAAAAAGAAGAAAUCCAAUCAAGCCUCGAAUCAACCCAAAGUCAUUCAACUUCUCUUCUCCAAAUCAUUUCUCUCUAUUGAACAAGCCUGUGAAACUAUUCAAACUAUAUCCUCUGAGGAUCCGGAAGAGCAAUUAGCAUCCAUUAAAUUAUUACAAAAUCACAAUGCUAUUAAGAGAUUGAUUGAAAUAUUAACCAUUGAAAAUCACAAUCCAAUCAUUCACGAGAGUGCACUCGCAUUGAAUCGUCUCUACGAAGUUGAUGAAAAUAUAUUCUCCAAAUUAGAAGGUGAAUUAAUACAUCAAUUAUUGAAGGGCAUUAUUGUGUUGUAUAAGAGUGAUCAUUCUAUUCAUCCAUCGAUUAUUUAUGAUCACAAGGAAUUGAUGAAUUCCAAGACAACUCAAGACUCUCAUUCAUCACUUCCACCAGUUGAAUCUUUCAUUUCUAAUCUCUUUGAUUUUAUUUUAGAAUUAAUUGAAUCUAAUACUUUUAUGAAUGAAUUAUUGAAACAAGAAGAAUUACUUCGAGAAGUUUGUCAAUUAUUGUGGACAUCUUCUUUUAAAGAAAAGAUUCUACAUUUAAUGUAUUCAAUGAGUAGAGAAGUGAUUGGACUGAACACAACACUACCCUUCUCUACAACGAUUAAUGCUACGAAUAUGGUCACAAGUGCUGUGAAUGAAGAUGCUACUAUUGGUAUUGCUAAUACACACUCUCCAAAUACACUCACCAUUAUUUCAACUAUUCGAAGUAUUCUACAAUUAGUGAAUUUUAGUGCUGUUGACUUGAAUGAAGACAUUUCUUCUCUCUUCAAAACCUAUGCUAUUGGUAUUUCAAAUAAUUUAAAUGAAAAUCAAAUGGAUGAAUCUCAACUCAUUACCAAUAUCAAAAAGAAACAACAUUUGGAAUUAACAUUUGAAAUUCUACAUGGAAUUGCAUCAUUGAAUAAUAUUCAAUCUAAAUUAAGAGCAUUGAAAGUAUUUAUUGAGUCUAUUUCAUAUAGUUGUGAACAUUCACACUUUGAUAUUCUCAUUGAAUUGUUAAAUGAUAUAUUUGAAAUCUAUUCCGAUGAAAAGGGAAUGGAAAGAGAAUUGUUCCAUGAUUUAUUACCAUGUUUGGAAAAGAUUCAAUUGAAUGAAUUUAUUAAUGAAUUGAAAGAACGAAUUGAGAAGAAUCUUGAAAAGAGUGAUAAGAAUGGUAGUGGUGAUGAUGGUACUAUUGAUACCACCACCUCUCCUCCUCACUCCAUCAUCAUUACUGAACAAGUCGAAGAGGAUGAAGAAUUGAAAGAACAAGCAGAAGAAGUGAAUGAAAAUUUGAAAGAAUACAUCAAGUACAUUAAAAAGACAUGUUGCUGA